ACUUCAAUCGUCGCACCAAAUGCCUCAGCGCAACCGUCGUCCUAGUCAAGAUUCCUCAGACCUGCGCACAGAGUCGAGCAGCCUGCUUUCACCAUCGUUAAGCAGUUCUACAGCCAGUCUUGCCGGUGCUUCUCCGGGACUACAUCAUUCUACACCACAGACCGUCAUAAUUCAGUCGCAAAUUGAUAUCAAUGCCCGCAUUCAAGCCUUGCACCACGAACUCGUUUCGUCAUUGCUUGUAGCUGACCCUUCGAUGUGGAACCCAAGCGGCGCAGGUUACAGUCCUUUCGCUCACAUGGGCGAUGUAGUGAGGUUGCGAUCCUAUACCGCGACCACAGCUUUGUGUGCAUCCGUGUGUUUUCUCUUGCCAGCUGAGUCCUCCACGAAUGUUGUUCUGGUUGGGCAGUCCUUCCUGCGGGCUUCUCGUGAGAUACUCAAGCUUUAUCAAGACUUUGACGUGACCUACCCAGACGCGAGCUCCUUGGUCAUCCGAAUAUACCACGCGAGCGCUCUGCACACCGAUGGCAGGACACCCGCAGCGUGGCAGUCCUUCGAUGAAGCGUUGAGGUUGGCAGAACAAAUGCGAUUGUACGACGAGCGUUCUUUUGAGGGGCUGGAGCCGAUAGAAGCCCGAAUCCGGCGUUUAGCUUUCUGGCAAAUUUACAUUCUAGACAAAUACGCUGCCCUGGUCGAAGGCAAGCCCAUGAGGCUGCAUCCAUUUUCGAUCGCCGCGCCCAUUACGACCAAACUACGAGCUGAGGGAGAAGCUCCUCUCUUGGUUCCAAAUUUGAGAAAUGAGUCCGCAGGCCUCGAGGAACAACUUCUCUCAGGUUUCUACUUGAUACAACGGCUGUGGUCCGCAGCAUCUGAAGUUGCUCUCGAUCUAUAG